CAUACAGUGCAGCAUGCACAUUGCACAAGGGCCAAUGGUCAAUUGAGAUAGGGAAUUGUGGAUUGGAAUGGGAUGUUUGUACAAUCACUAUGAUGAUACACAUUACACCACUCCAGUAUAAAAACUAGGUUAUGUUAUUAUUGAAUGUGAAUAGCGCAAAGGUGUACUGAAGUACCGUUGGCUGCAAAUAUUUGAAAAUUAGAUUGAAUUUUUAAAGUAUUCGUAAAGCUUUGAUAAGUUUUUCUAGUUUGUACUCAUCAAAAUGCAUGGAAGAGUGAAGGUACGGACCACAGCUGAACAAGAUGAGAUCAAAAGAAAAGAACGAGCCGAGAAAGUCAAACUUUAUAAGGCAGGGAUGAGUUUGGCUUUUGACAUGAGAGAAAAAGGAGAUAAAAAUGAAAAGGGUUUAGCCGUAUCUGCAAAACUACUAGCACCCAACCCAGAUAUAUAUACAUUGUGGAAUAUCAGGAGGGAAAUAAUUUUACACCUUAAAACAUUAAAGAGUGAUGACGAAUUUUCGCAAGUCAUGGAGGAUGAAUUGCGUUUGACAGAAAUUUGUUUAAAAAACCAACCCAAAUCGUAUGGAACCUGGCACCACAGGUGUUGGGUAUUGGACAAUAUGACGAAUCCUCCCUGGAAAACUGAAUUGGCACUUUGUGAUAAAUAUCUUAGUUACGAUGAACGGAACUUCCACUGUUGGGAUUAUCGACGGUUCGUUGUGAAGCGGUCAGGUGUGUCAGCAGAAGAAGAACUGAAAUUCACUGAUGACAAAAUUGCAGAAAACUUCUCUAAUUAUUCCGCUUGGCACUUGCGAAGCAACUUGUUGCCACAAGUUUACCCGGACCCAAAUGGAUUGAAACCUAUUGAAGAUAAUCAACACAAACAUGAAUUGGAGUUGGUGGCAAGUGCUGCCUUCACCGACCCGUACGACCAGAGUGCUUGGUUCUAUCAACGGUGGCUGCUGGGACGUCAUACUCCGGAGCUGAGGAUAACACAUGUCAUUGCCACCAAGAAGGUGGUGUGUUUGUCCUUUAAUCGGAGUGUAAGCCCUACGUCGCCAGACAUUAUGGUGAAGGCCUACGGUGAAAACGCAUGGAAAACUGUGGACGGUGAAAUUUCAUCCUAUGUUUGGAAGAGAACGUUUGCGGAUGCUACUUCAGUAAGUGAAGUAGCCAAAGUGCCAGUGGAGUUGGUGGUGGGAGGAGACGUCAGACAGAGUGCCAGCCUUGCUGUCGAUGGGGAGCAGGCAUGCUACUGGGAACAGCCUGUGUUCGAGGCUAGCUUCAGUCCUGGUGUCACUGAAGUCCUGCGCAAUGUGCUUGACUCCUGCCAGACUCUGUUAGAACUGGAACCUGAUACUAAGUGGCCUUUACUAACAUCUGUUUCAUUAAUGCAAGCAAUAGACAGAAAAAAGUACAAAGCUGAAGUACUGAAAUACCUGGAUUUGCUAGCUAAAAUUGACCACCUGCGAACAAACUAUUAUUCUGACCUUAAAAGCCGGUGUAUAAUGGAACACCAACUGGAGGAGUGGAAUGUGGGAAAUGACUUCUGUCUGGUGAACACAGCACUGACUGCCCUCUACCAUUCGCAGUAUCUCUUGCCAGCACGACGUGUAGACUUGAGACAGAACAGUCUCACUCGCUCACUGCCUCGCCUUGCUUCCCUUCAGUUCUGUCAGGUUUUAAUCCUUGACGAAAACAAUCUCCAGAACCUUGAGGGAUUCCCAAGUUUACCCAACCUGCAGACUCUGUCAGUGAAGAAGAACCAGCUGUGCCUGCCUGAAAACAUCGAGCCUUACAUCACUUUGUGUUCUGCUCUCACUAAUGUGUAUAUUGAUGACAACCCUUUGUCAGCUACACAUGAAUAUUGUAAUGGAGGUUUUGUCAAAAUACCAAAGUGAUUCAGUUCACAUUGACAUUA